AUGCUUCCGCCGCCUCCGCCAUGGACCGAACUGCCCGAGGAUUUGACAGCGAAUAUCCUCCAAAGGUUGCACACUGAAGAGAUACUGGAGAGUGCGCAGAAAGUGUGUACUACAUGGUGGAGAGUCUGCAAGAAUCCUGCCAUGUGGCGCGUCAUUGAUUUGGAUAUUCGACGUCCUGCUGCCCGCAAUUUGCAGAACGGUUGCAGUUGCAUUCCCAAUGACUACGACAAGGAUCUCUGUUAUUGCGCAGUCGACAAAUUUGAGAACAUUUGCCGUUGUGCAGUGGAUCGUAGCCAGGGACAAUUGGUUGAGCUAAAGCUUGCCAGUUUUGAAGUGGACUGUUUGCUAAAAUACAUAGCCGACCGAAUCACUGAUAUGGUUUAUGAUCUACUCUUUUGA